AAUAUACUAAAAAUAUAAGCACAAUCCCGUAAUUUUCAUCCAAAGUACAGGGUGUUUCCGGAGUAGUGAAUUGUGAUAUUCUCAACUUCGCAAGCCCAGAGAAGAAGCACGAAAGGAAGAAAAUAGCAGAGAAGAAGAGUAGAGAGGAAGGAAUCAGAGGAUUUCUCUUUUUCGUGUUUUGUUGAUUAACAUGUGGUUUCGGUAGAUAUUCAUUUUCUUGUCUGUGUUUUUUGUUUUCUUGUGGGAAGAACGAGCCAUGGGAGAGUCAAGCGACUCGGUUUCUAUUGAUGUUGAAAUGAUACCGCUUGGAGGAAAGGAAUGUUUGGUCGAGACGAGUAAAGGUUCUAUUUCUGUUUUCGUUUGCGGAGAUCAAGAAAAGCCUGCUUUAAUUACAUACCCAGAUGUUGCUCUCAAUUAUAUGUCAUGUUUCCAAGGCCUCUUCUUCUGUCCGGGUGCCGCUUCUCUGCUACUUCACAACUUCUGCGUUUAUCACAUUGAUGCCCCUGGACACGAGUUGGGAGCGGUUGUUAUUUCUUCCGAUGCUCCCUUGCUUACCGUGGAGGACCUAGCCGACCAGGUUGCUGAAGUAGUGGACUUCUUCGGGCUGAAAGAGGUUUUGUGCUUGGGUGUAACUGCCGGAGCUUAUAUCCUUACACUCUUUGCAACAAAAUAUAAGGAACGUGUGCUUGGUUUAAUCCUUGUUAGCCCACUUUGCAAGGCACCUUCAUGGACGGAGUGGCUUUACAACAAGGUGAUACUGAACUUGCUCUACUUCUAUGGUAUGUGUGGUUUAGUGAAAAAUUCCCUUCUUCAGCGUUACUUUAGUAAGGAAGUUAGAUCUGGUCUGCAUGGUAUUGAAUCUGACAUCGUACAUGCUUGCCGUAGGUUACUGGCCGAAAGACAGAGCUCAAAUGUCAUGCGCUUUCUUCAAGCUAUUAAUGAGAGACCUGAUCUCACAGAGCAGUUGAAGAAGCUGCGAUGUAAAACACUCAUUUUUGUUGGUGAAAGUAGUCCUUUCCAAUCUGAUGCUAUUCACAUGAAAGCCGAAAUGGACAGGAGUGCUCUUGUAGAGGUUGAAGCCUGUGGCUCGUUGGUAACAGAGGAGCACCCAUAUGCCAUGCUCGUCCCCAUUGAAUUCUUUCUGAUGGGUUUUGGAUACCAUAGGCAGCUCCCUCCUGCAUCAUUGCCAAAUCAAGGCUCAAAUCCUGCCAGCCCCUCCUGUCAUUCGUACAUAGCUCCAGAGCUUCUUUCUCCAGAGAGCCUGGGAAUCAAACUCAAGCCUAUUAAGACCCGUGUUACAAUUGAAGUUUGAUGUAGAAAAGAAGGCUGUUUCUGAUGACACGCCAUUGGUUCAUGUUAGUACAGGUAUAGAGAAAAAUCUGCACAUAUACUCGUUCAUAUUGGGUAAAAAACGUGUUUAGGACAUUGAUUUGUGGGAGGUGUUUGUGCCUUGUGUAAAUAGCGGGGGAAAUGGAAUGAAAAAUGAUAUCACAUGUUGAUUGUAGAGAGUAGGGUUUUUUUUUUUCAUUUUUGAUGAAAUCAGAAGGGUAAAUCAUGUAUGGCUUCUAUUCAUUUUGUAUCCAUAACCUUGUAACUUCGAACAACUGAAAUAACCCUGAAGAUUGAAUCUCUAUAUGGUUGUUGCAACUCA